UUUGAUUCAAAUAUUAAAGCUUUAGCAUUAUUUCUACUUUUCAAUUGCGGUUUGAGAUCAUGGCAUCCAACUUUCCAAGGUACAUCAUUAUGACCCUUCAAGAUGAAGGUUACUAUUUGUAUCACUUGGCAGUGUACAAGGGUGAAGCAGACGGUAUUGUAUCUUGCGCUGAAGAUAAAGAUCUCAGCGCAUACAUCAAGAUAGAAGUCGAGCCAGCCAUCAUCAGUAAGGACUACUUUCACCUACGCCAUACCCGCACCAACAAAUAUUGGGGGCGGAACGACGAAGGCCUUCUCGUUGCUAAUAACACGUUUCGCGACGAAGACACGAGAAGCCCAGGAUGCACCUUGUUCGAGCCAACUGAUCUAGAUCAGGACGGCGGCUUCAACUUGAAGCACGUCCACACCGGACACCUCGUUCGAAGGGAUGGUGCACGCUUCUCCAUCAAAGAUGAUCCGUCCUCGGAGGGCAAGCUUCGGUAUGUUGACUGGGAGACGAUAGUGAAACUCCCGACCGACGGCCUUGUCGCCUUCCAAGGCGAUAACGGGAAAUAUCUCCAAGCGUUCUCCAAGGAUGGCCACCAGUACCUCCAGUUCUCCUCCAACGAACCCAACCAUGUCGCAUCGGCCUACAGUAUCUCUCCUUUUCACAACGGAGACGUCACCGUACAUGCCAAGGCUGAUAGUUUGAAGUUUUGGAGUGCUAGUCCCAAUUGGUUAGUGCUCAUACAACAAACGUCGGAGAGCUAUGUGUUUAAGCCGGUCAAGGUUGGUGACAACAGCAUUGCCCUUUUUAACAACGGAGCUAAACGCUUCUGCAGCCGCGUCACUGCUGAAGGUCUCACCGACUGUUUCAACGCUAACGCUACCUCUAUCCUCAGCACAGCAAGACUCGUGGUGCGAGAGCUCGUUCAGGAGAGACAGAUAUACGGUGUCGAAUAUAAUAUGGGGAUAGGCUCGAUAUCUGACGAGCAUCCUUACAUUGCAGGCAAGUCUGUCGUUGUUAACAACUCACCUGAGGAAGCUAUCAUGGCAGUUGAAAUCACGUAUCAAGACGAGAAAUCGUACACUUUCAGCCGCGGCUUAUCUAUCACUGCCGGGGUCAGCACCACCAUUCAAACUGGUGUGCCCUUCAUCGCAAAUGGAUCCAUAGAGAUCUCUCUAGAAAUAUCCGGGGCGCUUCAGUGGGACGAGACCACCACCACUACAACGUCCGUUACUGCUUCAACUUCGGUCAUUGUACCCGCUUUCAGUGCUGUUGAUGUAAGUUAUGUUGGGACAAAGGGAACCUGCACUAUCCCUUUCUCUUACACUCAGCAAGACAAGAGUUCAUUCGACGGCACCAUCACUCGUGUCCGAAAGGAUGACGGUUCGUACUCUGGCGUCAGUUGCUACAACUUCAACUUCAAGGUCGAAGGAGAUAGCACGCUCAAGCUCUCCAAUUAAAGGCAAUGCUUCACUUUGUCUGCUUCUUUCAACUUUGCACCAAUAAAUCUCCGGGCUACUUUUCUGACCCAGGCUUUGUUUCAUCAACUUUUCAUUGUUUUGCUUUGAAUUUCUCAGUUUCUUGUACUAUUUCCUUCUGAUUUCAAUCGAGGAAUGCCGUGUCUUCAAUAAACUAUUUACCUUUGCUGCU